UUGCGAUAAGCGGAGUUUCUAAAACUCCAUUUAACUGCCGACGCAGCAGGGUGGAAGUUCGAAACAUUUCGCACGCAGCGUAUCGUAUUAUAUCAUGCCCAUGCGUAUCAAAUAAAUGAUGGAUUCCCGGUUGAUGCUCCUGUCCUGAAACAAUUGGACAAUGACAUUCAACUCAAUGGUUGAGUAUAUAAUGUGCAGCGCUCUCGCCAGAACUGUCAAGAAAAAGAAAAGUAAUUCAACCAUUAAAAAAAUUAAUGGAAUGCCAUUGUGAACUUUGAUAUAAAUAAUUAACAAAGGAUAGUAAUAUAUCAUGAUAACAUCGCAAACCUAACGAGAAAUGAAGUGCACAUCUAUAAAGUUGGUGAAUAGAAAGGAUUACCAAAGGAAAUUGUCUCUCCCAAACGAUAGCUCGAAAUCGGAAGGUCCGUAUUACGUCACCAAAGGUUAUCCAGGGUACUGCUACCGAUUUUCACCGACCAAGUUUAUCCCCGGGGAACCGCAGAUGAUCGGCCUGGCUAUCCGAAAUCUCACGCUGCCGGAUAACGUAAAACUCAACUGUGGCACUUCGUUGAGAAGAUGGUCCAAGAAAACACCAAGGUUGAGAUCUAGUAAAACGCAGCGUAGUAAAUCCCCAGAUAUUUCUGACGAAUCAGAUAACAUCUCGUUUAAUUUAACAUCGAUCUUGGACAACGUUAUAUUAGAUGAUAGUGAAAAUAGCGAGGUAGAAAAUGACUACGACCUGAACUCGGAGAUUGCGGAUUCGAAAUCAGAUCAGAACGCUAACGUAGCAACAAAUGAUGGCGACGUCAAUAUCAGAAUCCUCGAAGUUCGUCAACAAACGAAGAGGAUCAAAAACGACUUGAAGAAAACCAUAAGGUUCUCGUUUUCCAAACCUGCGAGUCCACAGACGGAGCAAGUGAUCAGAGUCGACGUAACCUCCAGCGUGUCCCUGGAUCACUUCGAUAACGAGGAUUCUAGCAUGGAACACGAAGGGAAAAGGGUACCAGAACAACGAGCAUCCAAGAUAACGGGUGUCGAGGGAGAAGAGGAUUUCAUUGUUAAGUGUCGGCAAUUAGCCUUAACCCAGAAAAAGAGAUGAUGACUAUUGAUUUUCCUUCAGGUUGAGUGGUAUCGUUCGAGGAAAAAACGCGCUUUCUGCACCAUCGUGAAAGCCCGUUUAUCGUCGUCCAUAUUAUCGGAGAAUUUUAGGUGCGUGGCUUUUGCGAAUAUUGAAGGAAACGUGUCUGUGAUUGCACUAAAUAAUUAAAAAUUAUACCAAUUAGGAAAUUGUAUAUUGUAUCAAGUUUUUUAAUGCCAGAGAGUAAUAAAACGUAAAUUUGCGAUGACAACGAUCACCAAACAGGCUCGACAACUUAAAGGUCAUAUCCUAAAGUUUAGAUAAAUUCCAAUGACAGUUUUGGUUAGUCCUACACAUCUCGAAUAAAUAUAAUAAAUAUAUAUAAUAAAUAUAAUAAUAAUUAUUCAUGAUUAUAAUUAAAAGAUGAGCAUAUAGUUGAGAUAUUAAUUACUCCAAGAUCAAGUAAAUAAAGAUAUUUGAUAUAUCAUACAGGGUUGGCCGAAACUAACGAUUUGCAUACGAGAUACAAAAAAGUUGAAAACUUCAUUUUUCGAAUAGAACACUCAUACUACCAGGUCCCUAGACCUACAUUGAUUGGUUUCUGAAAUAAAAGAAAUUUUCCCUGAAAACUGGAUUAUUUUGGCAUAAUUCGUCUUUUACGUGGUUUUGAAAUAUCCGUCUUAUGUCCAAAUUCAUUUUCUGUUUUUCAAUAAAUAUAUGGUGCAAGGUUCCUCGAAAAAAUCUAACUAACCAAAAUUAACAAAAAUUUAACCAGAACAUGAACAAUAAAAAAUUUGCCAAACAUUUUAAAAUUAAAAAGAAAAUUAGAUACUUAAAAUAAAAAUUGCACAUAGAAAAUUGAAUCCAAUUUUUUCAUAAGGUGUUCGAUGUGUUCACCAUUCAUUCCACACACUUGGAAUUGGACUGAUGGUAGUAGCCUUCUUUAUUUCCGAUGAACCUAUUUCUUCAUAACAUCGUACAAUGGUGAGCAUGACUUUAACGCACUCCAAAUCCAAUGGCCAAUCCCGCAGCCCCAAACUUCGAAACUAAUAGUCAUUAAAUAAUUCGUUUCAUUCUGUUGAAACCUCAUCAAUGCAGUGAGGCUGUGCCCCAUUUAGUUGGUACAAAUAGGUCCAAAGUUCCUGAGAGCUCGAGAAAAUCAUUUACCACUGUUCUUAUAAGUUGAAGGUAUUUUGUAGCCUUCAAUGGUUCAUCAUAAAUUCAAAAACUUUCUUUAUUUGAACAAGCAAAACACAUUUGAACUAAAUUUAUCUUGCAAAUCCCAUUUCGUUUGUAGCAUGAGGAUUG